AUGUCGAUAAAAGAUCUCGUGGAUAAUCCGACAAUUUUUCCGAUGACUAAAACUGAAACUACGAGCCAAACCACGAAGAUGAACAUAAAUAAUAUCCUAUCGCCAAAGGCCACGCCUAACACAGGCUCAAUUUCAGUUUCAGACGAUAACAUAAGCUCGCAUAUGAAGGGAGAAAAGGAAAAUAUGUCGGUCAAACCAGUGGGAGAGAUUGGUGAUGUUUUGGCCCUUGAUAGCAAACCAACCGGCGAGGAAUCAACUAUAGAUACUUCUAAAACCGCGACGGAAAGCACACAAGUUGAACCAAGUAGCGAAAACAAAGUAAACGAGGAGGAAGAUAAAGAAAACAUAAAAGUCAAAUCUGAGGAAAAUAGUGAGUCAGAUGAAAUAGAGGCUAAGGUUUCAGAUAAGAACGAAGAGGUUUACAGAGAUAAUGCAAAAAACCUCUUCGAAGAAGAAUUUGUCACUAUUGAGCCUGAAGAAUAUACUCGGUUCUUAGCUGCUGAUGAUGAGGAAAGCUUAAGGACUAGACAGAUAUAUAUGGAUUUAUUUGAAUGGGACGCGAGUUUGUUGGUUUCAACAAGAAUGCUUUGUUCGAAGUUGUAUUUGAAAGGUGAGUCUCAAGAAAUUGAUAGAAUCUUGUCUGCGUUCACCAAGUCUUAUGUUAACCAACACAAGAGUAAUAUUUUUUGCACCACGAAUUUUGAAAAGAUAUAUAUUAUAUUAUACAGUUUAAUCUUAUUGAACACAUCAUUGCAUAACGGUGAAUUAAAUAAAAGAAGCAAGAUUGGUCAAACUGAAUAUAUUAGGAAUACAUUUACCACGUUUGUGAACCAAAAUCCUAAGAAACCCAAAAAAUUAACUAUCAAACAAAAACUUGCUAUUGAAAAGGAAUUAUGCGAUUAUUACGACGAUUUGGCAAGAAAUGAACUAUAUUUAAAAAAAUCCAGCCAAAAAUUAGACGGUGGAAAUGAAAAGAAUAAAGCCUACAUUAAGCGUCUUGCAGAUAACUCGUCCAAAUCAAAUUUAAAACAAGACGAUAGUGAAUCACCUGUGUUAUCUAGACAAGUGUCCGCUUCUUCUAUUUGGUCUUCCGAUACGAGUGGUAAUCGUCGUUCCUCAUUAUACAUACAACCAGUACAAACAGGAGGCUCAGGAAUGUCUCAUUUCUCUUCAAGAAAUCAAACCAAAAAGAAUCAUCGAGUGGGUUUAGCAAGGGCAUUGGUAGCAGAACAAAAUCAAAAAGUUUGUUCAAGUAAUAAUUCGCUUAUUUCUGUCAAUACUACAAAUACAUUAAGAAACCACCCAUCUUUAGAUCCAUCAAUAAUGGGAAAUAAAGGGUUAUUCAAAAAAUCUUCCAGGGCCUCGGUGAUUUCAAGAGAUACGAUUGUAUCUAAUAUUCCGGAUGAUAAUCUCUCUGUAACAUCAUUUACUAAUGAAAUGAAGAACUUUAAUAUUGAUGCAGAAUCACCACAGCUUCAACAGUUGGAUGAUUUUGAUGUGGAUGAUUAUCAAGACCAAUAUGAUUUGACAUUAGAGCUUGAGGGUUCUCCAUAUUUAAAAGAAGGAUUACUUAAAUCGAAGAUUAUCAAUGAUGACCAAGAUAAUAACCUGGAGUUUGAUCGUAAAAGUACAUCUAAUGAAUCAAGGUUUCUUUCUUUCUUCAGAUCGAGUACUUAUACAAAUUCAUCAGGGUCAAAUAAUGGGCCAGCCACAUCUGCAGCAUACGCGGAACACUUUGUGGUGGUUUCAAAAGGUGAAUUAUCGUUGUAUUCGUUCGACCCUAAGGUUAUAAAGAAGCAUCAACAAAAGUUAAAGAAGUUGAAAACUCCGGCUGAUGGCGAUGAUAACGAAUCUUCGGAAGUGGGUGAUGGUAAUUGGUUAAAGAAUGCGGCCAAAAUUGGCACAUAUAACUUGUGUUCAACGUAUGCCCAAUUUGAAAGGCAUUCAACUGGAAUAUUGCUUUCAACAUCUGCGAAAAAGAAAAGCAUCUUAUGGUCAUUGUCUUUUCCUAAAGUCUCGCAUAAACAGCCCAAGAAAGUUGUGUUUGAAGCCGGAACUAAAGAAAUAGCUCUCGAAUUUAUUAAUACAUGUAAUUUUUGGGCAUCCAAGAUCACGGCAAUUCCUACUAACGAAGAAAGUAUUUCCUCAAUUGAAUAUGGCUGGAACAAUAUAGAUAAAUUAAUUGACAGAAAAGAAGAGUUCAAAAAAAUGAAAAACAUUCAAAAAUGGGAACCUCUACCAAAAGGUGUUUACUUGAGUAAUUAUGUGGAGAAUUCUGAAAUUGAUGAUGAGGCAAGGAAUUUUGGCAUAAUGAAACAAUUCGUGAAAACAGUCAAUUACUAUAAUAAUUUGAGGAAAGUUUACCAGGAGUUUAAUCAGUUAAAAUUGAAAUUCAUUUCUAAUUUUAACUCCAAACCUUUAAGCAAUACUUCUAAUUAUAGUAGAAUAAUGGCUAAUUAUGAAAACAAGUCAAAUGAUUAUCUUUUGGAAUUAAGAAAAUAUAAGAAUUAUUUAAUAAUGCUAGGCUUUGGAUUGCAACUAAGAUUUGAUUUGCAGGAUGACGAACUCAAUGACCACCGUGACGAAUUCGCCAAUGAUGAAUUAGAAAAAGACUUGACGAACGUGGAAGAGGAUGAUGGAUUGAAAAGGUCCGUUAAAAUUGAAAUUUACAAUUUAUUCACAAGCUUGAAAGCGGUCGAAAAAAUAAUUCCAAAUUACCAUGCGAGUAAAUCAAUCAACUCUAUUAUUGAGUCUAAAAAUGGUAGGGGUCCUUAUCCCGAUGAGCCAUUUCCUUUGGUAAAAUCGCCAAAAACAUUUACCUUAUCUAAUUACAAUAGUCAUGAAAGCCCGAUCGCACAAUUAUUACAAACUCCGCAGCAAGUACAAUCAGGUCUGGAAAUACCACACAGUUACAGUACCCGUACUAUCAAGGAAGAGGAAGAGCUGGAGCCCUGA